CUAUAAGCAAUGUAAUCGCAAACAACUUGCAGCUGUAAAAUCACUUUUAGAAGGUUUAUGUGUAGCAGUUACUCUAAAACAAAUCAUCGUCUCCACUCUUCCACGAACCACCCUCACAGCAGCUGAUCCCAAGUUAUUCAAUAACAUCGAGGUUAGUUUUGUUGUUUCUGUGUUUAACAUCAUCGUUUGGAGAAGUUAGUUCAGGAAACAUAAAAAAUGUCCAAUAGCCAUAUAUUUCUUAAAUCUGGAUUUCCACGUGCGCCUCUUCAAAACGGUUUAGGCCGAUAUGUUUGCCAAUUGCAACGCGUUACAUUAAAAUUCUGUAAGAACAAUGGAUCCAGCCGGGGCAUGAGAGAUUUUAUCGAAAACCAUCUCAUUGACUUUGCCAAAGAAAACCCCGGCGUUGUGGUUUACGUAAAACCACGCCGCCACCGAGGGCCUGUGCUUGUUGGCGAAUAUUUAAAUGGUGAUCGCGAAUGGCUAAGCUGUCGCAAUGCCACCAAAGAUGACAUUUCCAAAUGGCUUGAGUUACUAAAAACUCAAAACGGCAGUUCCAGCUCACUACGUUUACGUAAAAUGUGGCAUACCGAUAUACCUUCUAUACAGGGUCCUUGGACGCCUUUUGCGCUCCGUACUCCAGAAGCUAAUUUUGAGACAUAUCCUAAUGCAGCCGCAUCGCGUCCACUUGACGUUGAACAAUCGGCAACGGAAAAACUUAUUGAAUUAUUUAAACAACAACGACUUGCCGAUCAAGGAAAAUCUGGGGACAAAGUUUUGGAAGAAAAACGUGCGGAAUAAGGGUUUCUCAUUAAUGAGGAUAUAAUUUAAGAUAAGAUUUAAUAUGUUGAACUGGAAAAAAAAUAAAAGUAACCGUUCAGUUGGGA